AUGAUCACUGGAGGCUACGUCGCCGUCGACGGCUACAUCAUCCGCGAUCGAUGGUUUGUCGUCGAGCCGGGCGCCUACGUCCAUCUGCUCGGCGAGACGUCCCGCUUCGGCGUGCCGGACGAUCCGCUGCCGCAAAAGGUGAGACGAUCCGAGGUGGUGGCGGCUGAUGAGAGCGUUGCUGAUGAGGAGCCACUGGACGCUGAAGCCGGCGUUGACGACAUCGCAGCAUCAGCGUCGGUGGUGCAGCGCUCGCCGCAAGACACGCUCCCGCGCGCCGCGCUCCUCCGCCUCAUCCAACGACGCGCGGAUGUUGAGCGCAGCUGUCGGUUGCUAGUCGCCUCCACCGAGCAGCAGGUCCGCGAGUUUGUCGUCCUCGAUGCCCGGCUCGAGUACGCGUCUCUGCUGCAGAUCGACGAGGUGGUCGAGGUGCAGGCAACCUCAUGGCACCGCGACGACGACGGGUUCAUGGUGGUGCCAUCACGCGAGGCCGUCCUCCUCCAUGGCGCGGAUCAGUCGUACCCGAUCGCGAACGAGUGGUUCGCGGGCAUGCGGUAUGCGUGCGAUGUGGCAGUCCGCAAGCACUUUCAGUUCUCGGCCUUUGACCGCGGCGCCCUGCGCGCCUUUCUCAUCCCGAUUCCAGCCGAGGCGGCGGUCCGAUGCAUCGUCGUCGCCGACAGUGCUCGGCUCACGCCGGAGCUCCUGCUGAGCGACAAGCACCUACCGUACUUUUUCGCCCAUUGCUACCUGCUUCCGCCUGCCGGUGAGUGGCCGGUAACCAAGGCACGCGUUGUGCUCCCAACGCGUACGGCGGCACUGUAUGAGGCGACGACGGGCGAAAUGGUGUCGCCGGCCGAGGCGAUGGGCACGAGCGUGCAUCCCGCGUGGUCACCGGCGGCCGCGAGCCGUGGCCACGACGAUCUCUCUGGCUUCCAUGACGCAUCCGCCGAGUCAGACCGCGCGGGGCCGUCGAGCGAGGCCGCACCGCCCGCACGCGCUACACCUCGGAUUGUCAAGACCAAAGCUCGCUCAAAGACCUCGCUCGCAGAACGCCGCGGCGAGCGUCCCGCCAUCAGUGUCGCCAUACCGGAGACGCCAAGUCCGGCCGAGAUGGUGGCGUCGAGCUUUGGCACACCACGCACGCCCGCAGGCCUCGUUCUCUAUCCUCAUCAGCGGCGGACGGUAAGAUGGAUGAUGCAGCGCGAGGCCGAGGUUGUUGACCUCUCGCUCCCCCUUGUCCGCACCUACCAGGGGCUCUUCGUUGACGAGUACGGCCUCCAGCAGGAGCCGAUGGAGCUUGCAACGACGGCUGUAGCGAUACCACCGGGAGGCCUCGUGGCGCACCCUGUCGGCUCGGGCAAGACAGUGAUGACGGCAGCGCUGAUUGGGCGCAGCCGCGGGCGGGCGGCAGGCGCGACGCUUGUCCUCGUUCCGGACCACAUUGUGGCGCAGUGGAUCGCGGAGCUUGCGCGGUUUGUGCCGGAUCUCAUUGUCACCGCGCUCGACCCGAGCAAUCCGACGUCGAUGAAUUUUAAGCGCGCCGAUGUUGACGUCUGCAUCGCACCUCACUCUGGCCUUGUGUCAGCCUCGAAUGCGAUGCGGUCGCGGCUGGCGAACGAGUCGUGGUUCCGCAUCGUCAUCGACGAAGCGCACGAGGUUGACAGCAGCGCGGUUGGCAUUUUCAUUUCGUCGCUCACGGUGCAGAUCCGGUGGCUCCUCACUGCCACGCCGCAGCCGCUGCAGGCGCUGAUGACAAUGGUGCUUGGUGGAGCAGGCGAGUCACACGAGCGAAUUCGUGCGCCGUUUCUGAGGACGUGCACCGUCCGCGACGCCGCCGCCGACUGCCUCCCGGUCCCGCCGCUCGAAUACCACAUGAUGCCGGUAGUUCUCUCAUGGCAGGAGACCAGUGUGCUCCACGCACAGGCGCUCGCCGGCAACCUACAGGCGACGGUGCGGCUGGCGUCGUACUUUGCGGAGCUCGACUCUGUGACCGGGGCUGUGAGCGGGUCCGCGGCGGUUGGCAACGUCAGCACGCCUGGCUCUGAGAUCGCUGUCUUUGGCUCGCUCGACGAGUGGGUGGCGCGCUCGCGGACUGCAAUUGCCGACGAGAUUGCUCGGCUUGAGGCAAAGCUCGAGAGUCUCGAGCGGGAGAUAGCUGAGGCCAUGGCUGCGGUCCGCGCCGAGCGAGAGGCUGCGGUGGCGACCGCCGAAGCGGCACUCGCGCUCAAGAGCCAGGCCGAGAUCGAAGCUGACAUCGCGCGGGCACUUGCAGCGCUUCCGCACGGACCUGAGAUUGUCGCGCAUGUGGUUGGCUCUGAGAGAUGCGGGCGUGUGUGCCUUCCGCGGGCGUGGGAGGCGAGUGGCGAGGCGGCCAAGGCUGUGCUGAGCGAGUUCAAGGCAUGCUUGGCAGAUGCGUUUCUGCAGCGAGUCACCUCGAUCGCCGACGGGGACGGGCGCGAGCUUGAGUCGUGCCAGGCGGUAGCGGCGGCCGGGAAGGUCUACGUCUGCCUUGUGGACGAUCCGCGGACGGACUGGACGCUGCGGGCAGAGCGGCGGCGAGCGCGGAUGCUGGCGCAAGCGGGCGUGACACCGCGCGGCGCAGUGGUGGACACUGCGAGUGAGGGUGCCGGGAGCGAGGUUGCGGGCGUGGACGCCGAGCUGGUUGCGGAGCGCGACCAAGCCGAGGCAGGCAUUGCGAGCAAAUCGCAGCUGCUGCGGUUCAUGGACUCUGUGAGCCAGCUCCUCGCGUCGGAGGAGACCGAGUGCAGCGUGUGCUUUGAGACGAUGUACGGGUCGACGGUGACGAUGCUGCCGUGCCUCCACCCGUUCUGCGCCACGUGCGUGAUGGCGGUGUACGGCGACAAAGACACUGCCGAAUGCCCGAUGUGCCGGGCGCCAACGCCGCGGCGGACGCUCUGCACGUUUGAGUGUGUGCGGGGAUCGUCCGAGGACGCCGCGGCGGAGGAGGCGGCAGCAGCGGCGCCGGCUCCGUUCCGCGGCUCCAAGGUUGCCGCUUUGACGGGUGCAGUGCAGAGCAUUCUCGCGUCUGGGGGCGACGACAAGAUUGUGGUGUUUGGCCAGUGGGCGUCGCUGCUGGAGCAGAUUGCGUGUGCGUUGGACGAGGCCGGCGUUUUGGCGCACACGCUCGAGGGGACGAUGGCGAAGCGCGGACGUGUGCUGGAGCAGUUCCGGGAGGGUGGCGAGGACUCGAGCCGUGUGCUGCUGCUCUCGCUAGAGUCGCAUGCGUCCGGGAUUAACCUGGACAUGGCAAACCACGUGUUCAUUGUCCACCCGUACGUGCCGGGGUGGGCGCAGUCUGGGUCUGUGGUGCCGCUGGGCGAGGCGCAGGCGUUCGAGCGGCAGGCUGUGGGCCGUGUGCACCGGUUUCCGCAGAGCAAGGUGACGCACGUGUACCGGCUGUACGCACGCGGAAGUGUGGAGGAGGAGAUGUAUCACGCGUGGGGCUGGGCGUGAGCUACGCUACGAGAGGUGGACCGGCGCGGCCCCGCUAGCCAUGGCGUGGCAGUAGAUGACCUGGGCGUGGAGCUUGAAAAAGUCGCCGGAAAAGUUGAAGAAUUGGUGCAUGCAGCCGUCGGUGGUGUAGACCUGGAUGGCGUUCGGAUCUGCGGUGGCCGGCGCGGGG